AUGCCCGCCCUCGUGGGUAUCCGUGUCUCACGUGCCCGCACAGACAGCUCCCUCAUCACAGAGCUGCAGACGGGAAGCGUGCCAGGCCUGGGUCGUGCGGGCAAGACCCCUGUGCCUGAGGGCAUCCCAAGACCCCUGGUACAGACCUUGCCUUUGAGAACCACCGUCAACAAUGGCACCGUGCUACCAAAGAAACCCGGUGGCUCUCUCCCGUCCCCCUCCGGGGCCAAGACCGCCGUGCCAGCAGCAACCAAAAGCACCAUCAAGGGCACCGGCUCUUCGGAACGUGUCUCCCCUGGAGCGCGGAGGGAAAGCUACGCGGACCCCAAAGGCAACAGGGCCCGCACGGGCUCCGCCAGCAGCUCCUCCAGCGGCAAGAAGAACAGUGAGAGCAAGCCCAAGGAGCCCAUCUUCAGCGCAGCCCUUCAGUCUCCGAAAUCACAAGGGAAACGCCGGGUGACGCACUGCAAAGAAGAAGGUUAUGUAAAAAUGUUUCUCCGCGGACGCCCAGUCACCAUGUACAUGCCCAAAGAGCAGGUGGAUUCCUACAGCCUGGAAGCGAAGGUGGAACUGCCCACCAGGAGACUGAAGCUGGAAUGGGUUUACGGGUACCGGGGCCGGGACUGCCGCAACAAUCUGCACCUGCUGCCCACGGGCGAGACCGUGUACUUCAUCGCGUCGGUGGUGGUGCUGUUCAACGUGGAGGAGCAGCUGCAGCGGCACUAUACCGGCCACAACGACGACGUGAAGUGCCUGGCGGUUCAUCCCGACAGGAUCACAAUAGCAACCGGACAAGUCGCAGGCACGUCCAAGGAUGGAAAACAGCUCCUCCCGCACGUCCGCGUCUGGGAUUCUGUCACCCUGAACACGCUGCACGUCAUCGGAACCGGGUUUUUUGACCGAGCCGUCACCUGCAUCUCGUUCUCAAAAUCUAACGGAGGGAGCCACCUGUGCGCAGUGGAUGACUCCAACGACCACGUGCUGUCCGUGUGGGACUGGCAGAAAGAGGAACGGCUGGCGGACGUGAAGUGCUCGAACGAAGCUGUGUUCGCUGCAGACUUCCACCCCACAGACACCAACAUCAUCGUCACCUGCGGAAAAUCGCACCUCUACUUUUGGACACUAGAAGGCAGCGCGCUCAUCAAGAAGCAAGGGUUAUUCGAGAAGCAAGAAAAGCCAAAGUUUGUUCUGUGCGUGACGUUUUCAGAAAAUGGUGACACCAUCACUGGAGAUUCAAGUGGCAACAUCCUGGUGUGGGGGAAAGGUAACACGGGACGGCACCAAAGCAACCUGACGGGGGUGCCGAGGCGGCUUCCGUCAGCAGUGUCCAUUCGCGUGGGGUUGGGGUCACCGUCCGGUCCAGAUCACACACAGUGCAGAGAGAACGUGCACCCUCUGGCCAAGGACACGUGCUUUAUUCUGUAUGUGCUCAACCACCUCACACUGGCUGAUUCCUCAAGGUGGAUGAGGCGUUUGGAGCCUAUUCCGGAACAGUUCGGUCCCAUCCGGACGGUGGCUGAGGGCAAAGGGAACAUCAUCUUGGUCGGCACCACCAGGAACUCCGUUCUGCAGGGCACGCUGUCGGGGGACUUUGCCCCCAUUACUCAGGGUCACACUGACGAGCUCUGGGGACUGGCCAUCCACGCCUCGAAACCCCAGUUCUUGACCUGUGGGCAUGACAGGCAUGCCACUCUCUGGGAUGCAGCGAGGCACCGGCCCGUCUGGGACAAAGUCAUAGAGGAUCCAGCUCAGUCUUCUGGUUUUCAUCCUUCAGGGUCUGUGGUUGCAGUCGGAACACUGACCGGGAGGUGGUUCGUGUUGGACACCGAGACGACGGACCUGGUCACUGUGCACACGGACGGCAGCGAGCAGCUCUCGGUCAUACGCUACUCUCCAGAUGGGAAUUUCCUGGCAAUCGGCUCCCACGACAACUGCAUCUACAUCUAUGCGGUCAGUGACAGCGGCAGGAAGUAUACCCGGGUCGGCAGGUGCUCGGGCCAUUCCAGCUUCAUCACUCACCUGGACUGGUCUGUAAACUCAGAAUUCCUCGUGUCAAAUUCCGGAGACUACGAAAUCCUUUACUCUGUCCGUGGAGUGAAGCACCCUCUGCGCUCUGCAAGCAGCGCCUUCCGCCAGCGCGCACCUGGGCCUACCGCUUGGCGAGCUCUCCUGGCGUGCAAUGGUUUCUUUCAUCUUGUUGGAAAAGAAAAGGGGCCUCGCAGGGAGCUGGGGCUCACGCUCAGGGGGCCCUGCCGGUGCUACUGGGUUAACAUCGUGAAGGUUCACUACCCGGUGGCAUCUGAAGAGCGGCAUCAACAAGGAGCCUCAGAAACGGUGGGCAGAGCCUGCCUGUGUUCCGCUCUGUGCCACGGGUUCGCUGGGGCUGCCUGGAGCGGCCAUGCAGGGAGAGGCCGGAGCCAGGACAAAGCCUUGCUCGGCUUCUGGCUUCCAACCCAGACUCUGGGCAGCUGCACUUGCCCAGAGCUCGACCACCCGUCCGCACGGUGUGGCCCCUGCUUCGGGCACACCCAGGGCCCUGUCCGUGUGUCUGUUUCAGGAGUGUGGCCGGAAGGCUCAGACGGGACCGACAUCAACGCCGUCUGCCGGGCCCACGAGAAGAAGCUGCUGGCGACUGGCGACGACUUCGGCAAAGUGCACCUCUUCUCUUAUCCCUGCUGGCAGUUCCGGGCGCCCAGCCACGUCUACAGUGGGCACAGCAGCCACGUCACCAGCGUCGACUUCCUCUGUGACGACAGCCACCUCAUCUCCACGGGCGGGAAGGACACGAGCAUCAUGCAGUGGCGAGUCAUUUAGUCCUGGGCAGGAGCCCUGGAGCCGAGCAGGCCACAGCCGCGCACUGGCCUCUCGCUGUCACUGUGAUUUCGGUCUUGUUCGAAAGUUCUUACAAACCUCAGGAAAACUGGGCCCCUACCGGUUACCUUAGCUUAGCGCUCGGUGAGGCCUGCGGGACUGCCUGCAGGGCCCCCUCGGGGGAGGGGAAAUUCAUAAAACACAUUUCAGAGGAAAAGACGCCAAGGUUUACAUUGCAGUGACAUCAACAGAAGCGACUGGCGUGUCCCUAGUAACUUUUCUACGAACCCUUCAAAAACGGUCACAGGAUGCCUUUAAAACCCUGCGGCAGGCUCAGCUGUUGCGCGUCCGCUGGCGCAGACCCGGUUGCCGACGGCCGCCAGCACCCAGCUGCGGUCUGGGGCGCGCUGCCGGGGGCGGACGGGCGGACGGGCGGACGGGCGGGGGACGGGCCUCCCCGGCGGGCGGGAGCGCACGCUCCUGCGGCUUCCCGUGCGCCUGCCUCUGGGCUGAGCCGAUUCUUCUCCGCAUUAUCUGAAGCAUCGCAGCAGUGUAGACAGGCCCUUCAGAGUUUCAGCUGGACGGGCCUCGCCCGGCGGCCGCGCCCCCCGAACGCGUGGCCCCUCCACGCCCGCUGCGCGGCCGGGUGAGACGCAGCCACCCCUCUGUAUAUGAAUUGGCAUGAGACGGUGUUGUGCUUGUAUAGGAUGUUAGCGACUCGUAAUAAACGCGACAGCUAGGCUUUGCUCUUUACGCUCUUGGACACUAUCAUUUUGUAUCUUAAGACCAAGUAGACCAAGUCAACAAGCUCUCCUCGGUGUACCCCACACUGCAGCCUGGGCGUCGGAGGCUGGCGCCCUCGCCCCCCUUCCUGCCUGGCGCUGGGGCGCAAGCCCCCCCGAGCUGCUUUGCCUCCUGGGUGUGGGGUUGGAAGUGUUUACAUUGGGGGAUGUGGCCCAGGCCUGGAGGCAGAAGAGUGAUGGGCGAACUUAAAGAC